AUGCAAUUCGAUCAAUAUUAUUCCACGGCGGCGUCUCUACCAACUGACAUUAAUGAGCCUCCACCAACCUACCUUCCUCCAGAAGAACCCUCCAUCGCCACAGAGGUUGAGCAACUUCUACCGCCUCUCAGUCCUGAUCUUGGGCCAUGGGAACCAUCUACUCUAGAAGUUUCGCCCAUCGAUGAUGAGCUGCCACAAGAAUCCACGUCUGAUGUGAACAAUAGGCCUGUCAUUGACAGCCCGCCAGAGCGUGCAAGAAAUGAUGCCAACCAAGACAGCGUUAUACUAGAGACGAUUGAAACGUCGGUACAAGUGGCCGAGACAUUCGUAGAUUCAACUCGCCGCCAAUCCGAUCCCAUUCCAACUAACACGGCAGGUCGCAUUCAUGACCUCGCCCGCGUUCUUACUGAUCAGCUCCAACAACACCAUGGCUGUUGCCGCCAGUGUCAUCGGCAGCGGGAGCGUGUACAUGAAGCACAGCAUACAGAGCAUCUAGGCUUAGGAGAGUACAUGGACCGGGUUCAGGCAGAUGGGGGAUAUCCAGACGUUCUUAGCGCGGCGACCGUGGCUAGACGUGAGGACGACCUCGCUGGGCGGACUAGCGCAGAGAGAAAGCGUGAGAUCUAUACUGGAAUUAAUUCAGCCACGCCCGAUGCUCGUCCACCUCACCUUUGCCUUGCUGCCGACCAUAGACAGGGAUGCUCGACCGGGGUGACUUUUGAUGUCGAUAGUGUAGUGGCAUUUGCGCACAGCCUUGCCGUGGCAAAACUUGGAGUACGGUGGAACCCGACUCAGAUGCCUGUUUCUGAUCUUCGUUCAAGCCUUCAUCUUGAUCCCCUUCCCGUACACUAUUUUGGAAGCGAUGGUCGUGCUCAUCACGUUCGGCGACCGGUGCAUAAGAUACCGCACUAUACAUUUGGUCGGCUGGUCGGAUUUGAGGAUAUCUCUCUUUACUUCCUGUUCCCGCGGCUCUUCCGCGAGGAGCAGCAAUCCAGCCGUCUCCGGGACGAUGACUUUCGGAUUUGGAUGGACCAAGUACUCUUGACUGCGAUCUACCAACAUUAUGAGGGCUCCCUUGUCCAACAUUAUCCCUCUAGCUUCGAUCACAGCCGGCUGAAUGCUACAGCGCGGGGGGUCGAGAUGCGCUCGCGACGGGUGGAUCCAGUCGCUCGUGAGCAGUUGCUGUUCUAUUUUCUCCCACCAGGUGCACUUCCGCUGGUUGAUAUUGGGAAAGAAACCUGUCCUAAUGGCCCUUCACGCGUUGGUGGUGUUGGUCUCCUGGCAUCGCGGCUGCGCUCCGAAUGGGAUUCUCGUCCAACUCUGCUUACGCCGCAGACCCUCCUCUGGCGGCGAUGCUGCUUGGACUCGUAUGCCGAGUGGAUUGGACAGCAGGAUCCUCCAGAAUCCCCUCGCCCGAAGCAACAGUUCUACCCGAUUAGUCUACUUCAUGACAGUGGUAGCCUGACAUUAGAGACACAUCGAUCCUCUCCACAGCGGCAGGGAGGCCUCCUCUAUACACAGUUGUACUCAAGCGUCAAGGAGGUCUUUGCGGCAGGGGAUGUAUACCCAUUUUCGAACCCCUCCCUAGAGACAUUGGCAUUAGACCCACAGCUACGCAAAACCUGGCAGUAUGUUGGGGGCGGACUCAGUCAUGACCUCAUUGCGUUAAUGCGGGCGUAUCUGAACAUGAAGCAGCGGUGCCAUGCUGCUCUGCAAGGAUCCUUUAUGAAAGUCUUUGGCCUUCGUGAAGAACACCGCGUCUCAUUCCGUCUUUUCUAUGCGAUCGACCAGGAGCUCCGAGAGCGCAACCUCCAUCAAUCGAGACUUCCAGGUUUUUCAUCUGACGUUGAACCAUUCUACUCCCUCCCGACCUCUAGCCUCCUCUUCUGGUUCCACUGGAACAUUAAUAAGUUCUGUGUGGGCUUUGAGAGCGUCUAUAGCAUUAAUGACCGUCAUUUUGUCACGUGGGAACAUACUCGGAUUAUGAUGAUGUUUCUGCGCUGCCUGCAAUUCUCCUACGCGGGUGGCCUGUUACAGCGUGUGUCUGGUUGCUGGCGGGACGUCUGGUUCCGGCCUGAUGCUCGGCGGACGGAUGGUCUUCGCCGGUGUGAAGGUUUAGGGUUCCAGCGUAAUAUGGAAGAGUACGGAUACGCCUGGUUCUUGGAUAAGGUGAACUGGGAUACUAUGACAUUCCGCCAACCAUCCGCACAGUACAUGAUGUUUAACAGCCCUUCUAUGCAGGAGGCGUUCCACGCACGGUAUGCGCAGAUUCGAGACGUCCGCCUAGACUUUCUCCGGGUGCACCAGGCACACCGGUGGAUGGAAGAGUUCAGCUCGGUUUCUCCUUGUCUGGAUGUUCUGGAAGAUUUCUUGCGACAGCUGUCUCUCUGUGUGUUUCGGAAAGAUGUCUUUUUGCAGGUCAAGCGACUGUUACAUCCGGAUCACGCUCCCCGUGCCCUGGCAGGAGAGGUUCCUUUAAGUUAUGAUAGCAUCACCGAUGUAUUCGUUGAGGGUGCCAAGCCACUACAGCUUCUUGAUCAGCGUCGGAUCGCAGUGAAGAGUGUGGACACCAUCUUUGCUUGGCUUUGGGAAUGGAAAGACGGUCGUUAUGAUCGAAAAGGGUGGAAGGAUAAGCCAUAUCGCAUGGUGUAUCAGCAAAGCUUUGAGGCUAUCAACCAAAUCAUGGGCAAGGAUAGAGCGCGAGAGUGGAAGAAAGCCUUGAAAACUUCAUUUCUUCAAAGUCAUUGGCUAAUUCCAUACCCACACAACAAUGGAUUUAUGCGCAAGUCCAAAGACACAGGACAGGAGGUAUGGUGGUCUAACUUCAAUGCGGGAUUGUAUGAACACUACCGGCAGUGGUAUGGCGUGUCACGUGUGGGUGACCUCUUCCCUGCCGAAUACAUAAAGCACCAUCCAACGACUGGCUGGGGCCGCUCCUAUGGCGAACCCCAGUACAUGGAGAAUGCCGUGGAUCCGGAGAUGGAGUUGGUUCAGCUUCCCGAGGGGGAAUUUUACGAGAAGUUAUUGCACAUCGCCGAUCGCUUUUCCCAGAAUCCUGACGCUCCAAUGUGGAAGAGAAAAGCCCCGCCGACUGUUUUUGACUUUGGGAUCACAAUUGGUGAUGACUCGUUAUUGAGGGCCCAGCGUAAGGUUAAGGGCACUCCGGUGCAAGGCUUAUGCAUGCAAAUAAUCCAAGCUCUGGAUGAAUAUGAGGUCUUGGGACAUUCAGGACGGAUUCUCCGGCCCCGCAAGCAGCUCAGACGACAUGGCCAGUCAACCACGAAUGAGAACGAAGAUGAGGUGACAUCAGAUGAAGAAUCUAUCGACAAUCGACGAGAUCGCUUGACGACACAGAUCCUUGAGCUUGAACCAAAAAUGCGAGAAGCAGUGACUGCUGAACGGGAGCAGUAUCGGUGGCCCCAUCUCCAUGGUAUUCAUCUGAAACAUCUUGAGCCACGGCUUCAGCGAUUAAAGACCGCUGAAAGCAAGACCGGAGAUUUUUGUCAAGUGUAG